UGUCAAAGAUCAAAUUUUUUUGAUUAUUUAUGUUGAGUGAGUUUGUUGCUGUUACUUGUUACUACUGCUUUCUCUUCAUCUUUCUUUGGGCCGAGGAUCUAUCGGAAACAACUAUUUACCUUCUAGAUAGGGUAGUGGCAGUGUUAUCUUACAUUUUCUAAAGAAGGAUGGCUCUUUCUUGGGCUAAUAAAGAUGGAAGAGAAGUGAGGAUUUAUGAGUAUUUGGAUGAACUCAGCACAGAUUUGGCAGAUUAUAUUGCAGAAUUAUCAGAGGCUUCUGUGAAGGAGAGAGGUGUAUUUGCUGUUGCUUUAUCUGGUGGUUCCCUCAUCAGCUUGAUGGGAAAACUUUGUGAAGCUCCUUACAGCAAAACUGUUGAUUGGGCGAAGUGGUAUAUAUUUUGGGUGGACGAGCGUGUGGUUGCGAAAAAUCAUGCUGAUAGUAAUUACAAGCUAGCCAAAGAUGGACUUUUGUCAAAGGUGCCUAUUGUUCCAAGCCAUGUACAUUCCAUUAACGACACGGUCUCAGCAGAGAAAGCUGCCGAAGACUAUGAGUUUGUUAUUAGACAGCUCGUGAGGACUCGUGUAAUCAGCGUUUCUGACAUCAGCGACUGCCCCAAGUUUGACCUCAUUCUUCUAGGAAUGGGACCAGAUGGACAUGUCGCGUCUCUUUUCCCUAAUCACUCCAUACUUGAUGAGAAAGAAGAGUGGGUAACUUUUCUCACCGACUCACCCAAGCCUCCUCCAGAGAGGAUUACUUUCACUUUACCGGUUAUCAACUCUGCAUCCAAUGUGGCUAUAGUUGCAACUGGAAGCAGUAAAGCAGAGGCUGUGCAUUCGGCAAUUGAUGAUGUUGGACCUGACUGCCCGACAUUGCCAGCAAAAAUGGUCCAGCCAAGUAAAGGGAAUUUGGUUUGGUUUCUAGACAAGGCAGCCGCCUCAAAACUUGACGGCGCAAAAUUUUCAGAGUAGAAGGACCAGGCUUUUAAAUGUGUAUGAUUGUGUAUUUAGAAAAGGCAUAUGCAACUUAGUUCAUUCUCAUCUUUCAUCAAGUCUUAUAUUUUGAUCUUCCCUUUUUUCCCAAAAUUUUUGAUACCUUUUCCUGUUUGAGAAGAAAUAUAGGAACUUUUUCUUCCGUUGGAUUAGGUAUCUUCCACCUGCAGUCCUCUCUUCUGAGGUGGGUUUUGAGAAGUGUGGUUAUCUUUUUGUUGGGGAAGAUGGCAAUAAAAUUGGAUCCUUAUAUAGAAGUCAAAAUGUCCUUUUAAAAAUUA